AUGAUUUACGAUGAACUGGAAAGCCGGGCUUCUAGUAGCCCGGGACAGCUCAUGCAGAAUUCAAGCCCAGGAGAACUUGACCCUAGCGCCAUGUUUCUUGAUGAUUCAACUUCUCAACCACAAGACUUCCUCCUGGAAGCAUCUCUUUCAAUGAUGCAGUCCUUUCCAGAAACCAUUCCUUUGACACAGGAAGAAACAAGUAUAAACAGCCUGGAGGAGACACAGGCUAUGUCGACUCUUGACGAGAUCCCAAUAUGCUGGGACCACGACUGUAACGGAAAAGUGUUUUCAAGCUGGAGCAACUUAAGGCGGCACCAGCGUGAGCGUGCAUCUCAGGCUCCCAAGUGCUAUUGUCCCCGGUGCGGGGCACACUUUAGCCGUACCACAGCCCGAAACCAACACCUUGCCAAUAUGAGCUGCAAACGAAUUCGACGCUAUUCCAAUGGGCGGGUGAGACCAAGUACACAAAAGAUCCAAGAGACAUAUGGAACACAGUUAUGA